AUGAACAUCCUCGCAGACGACGACUUUGUAUCCCCCUGUGGUCAUAUGAACCUUAAAAUCAGGACUCUGAAGCGGCUUAUACUGGCAAAUAAGAGCGCCUUCAUGGAUAAGAAUGCCACGUGCGCAGCCUCACGCUGCAACAAGUCCUGGAAAUCCCUCUGGAUGUGCUGUACAUGUGGGCGAUUCUUCUGUGGCUACACAGACAACGAGCAUGCCAAAGACCAUUACAACCAGGACCACCAUGCGAUCUUUUUUCAUCUGACUUGUCACGAUCUCUGGUGCUAUAAUUGCAAUUCGUACAAAACCAGCAACCCAUGGCUUGCAACCAUAAAACCUCUCACGACUAUCACUAAAGAUAAGCUUAUCAAGCUAGAGCAGGCCACUGCAGGCUCUGUCCAGGUUGAUGGCUCACGGGUGGCUGAUGUGAAUCUUCACCAGGAGGGUCAAGCAGUUUCGCGGCAACUGGGAAGGCCUGCCCAGAACAAGCCCAAAAUCACAACCUUAGAGAAUAUGCUUUUACAUUUGAAUGGGACUGCUUCGUUUUCUCAUUAUAAUAUGGCCAUUUCGCAGCCUAAGAGUGAAAGAAUAGGUAGCACAGGCGCCUCUGUGCAGGCACUGGUUCAUGCAAAGUGCUUUGCCAAAGUUCCAAUCCACAGUCAUGCUAAUACAUGCUAUCUCAAUGGAAUUUUACAGGUACUUGCUCACCUGCCCCCAUUUGCCCAGUACUUUAUUGCCUUGCAACCCAUUCUUCAGUCUCUGGAUGCGGGAAUCUACACAAACUUGCUCCAACAAUUCACUCUCACCAUGGUUGCUCUGCAGCUUGUUACAGACGCCUCUAUUCCCCCUUUCGUCAAUCCUAUUCCGAAAUUAUCAGGGAAAAGGCUUAAUAUCGAGGCACUCAGCAUAGCAUUAUUCAGUUUUCUCCCUUCACACGCUCUUGGGGACCUUCAUGAUGCACAUGAAAUACAGAUGGCUCUUUUUGGACUUUUAAACGACGCCCUGCGAUUUUCUCUACCGCCACAGGCAUAUCUGAAUGAGAACCUUUUUGCUUUCUUUGCAGACAAUCUCAGUGGAAACAGGCAUACUAUUUUUAGCAUUUUCUCUCGCAACAACUCGGAGGAAGCACUACUGCACCUUUUUAAACGAGACAUCCUUGCAGUCAGUCCAUUCACCGAAAACGUAUUGCGCGAAAACCACCACCUACUAGAGGUGUAUUUAAAUGCAUGUGGCUCAUCCUCCUCCGUUUCCUCUACUAACUCCAUGGAGUCUUCAAACCCAGCACAAAACGGAAGCACCUGCGGACAAAGUGACCACUUCUCCUAUCUCAGCAAUCCUCCUCAACUCGCAUUUGCUCACUUAAUACAUACAUUCCCACCAACGCAGGACGCUUCUCAGGCACCUAGUAUCAAUCACCAGUACAGUGAAAUAUACCGCCGAAGCACAUUCUUUGAUUACGUCUUCAAGUGGGUGCGCUGCACAACGCAUGAACAAAUAUCUCCUUCUGUGAGCCAGGAAUCUGGUAGUACCGCUACGACUGGCAGCAUAAGGCCCUUGUACGAUGCUUUUGGAAUGCCUGUCGCAUCUUACAGCUCAGAAAUCCGUCAGAUCUUUAAUUACAGCAAUACAAAGCCACAGACACUUGUCACACAGUGCUUCCGUGGGAUUUCACAAACUCUUAGGAAAUGUAGCAGAUGCGGAUCCCAUAGAACACGUUACGAACCAUUCUUCGACCUUUUAGUUCCAUACAACCCCGAGAAGACAUUUUUGGAGGAGCUAGGAGCGCUGUUCUCUGAGGAGGAGUGUUCUGGACUCCACUGUGAUACAUGUGGCGCAGAAACACACGGGACUACGCACCUUUCCCUUUACAUGUGCCCAGACGUACUAAUCACCCUCCAGAAGCAGGGACAUUAUGGUGCGUCUUUUAAACAGGAGACACAGCGCUCUCAGUCAUCCACCUCUAGCCACUUCACAGCACACGGCUCUCAGCUAACUGCACUAUCUAGUUUUUCACUGGCUGACUAUCUGUCUUCCACUAGCCCCCAUAAGAAAUACAAAGUGCUAAUGACCAUUGAUGUGGGCACAGACUUCAAAAUACGCGCCUUCCUGGAAAAUUUUAUUCAGUAUCAGAUGUACAAGAAGCUCUCCCACGAGAUUGUUAUUUUAAUUUACGAAAUAGUCAUGAAAUCUGCCAGCUUUCUUUAUAAUGACUCGGUUACAAUCGUCGUGGCUGCGAUGGAGUACAUCUUGCGUCGCUUCAAGGCGUCCCGCAUAUUGACAUCAUCUGCCGGGAUCUGUGAGGCAGAGGUUACCGAGGCCUUAGAGUUGUUGGCCCAGAUUCCCACGGGCUUUAACUUAACGGCCAUAUCACCUAAUGUGAUAGAGUAUUUUACAGCCCUCCUAUCAACCCACAUGCUUUACAUAUUCAACUGUACUUUCUAUAUUCUCCUGCUUCUUUCGCAAAAUAAGCUUGCUGAAGUUGAAAAAAUCUUGGAGGAUUUUAUAGUGGAUGCCCCUGGCGCUCUAGAGUUUCUCAGGAGACGUCCGUUGGAGCGCCAAUCAGGCCGUGCGCAUCUUCUCUAUAUGCUGUUUACUAUCGUAUUAACGGAUAUUCAGGUGAUAUUCUCCCAGUUUAAAAUGAUAAACAAUUAUAAGGCACGGUGGGUUAGGCAGAUUGAUCCAAACGAUAGCGCAAUUCAAAACGACAUGAAGUCAGAGCUGGAAUACAACAUCAAACGCACCGCGUUGUAUAAGUUGUUCCACAAGUUGCCAGAUAAGUGUACAGACAAGUUUUCACAGUUGUUUGCGGACGUAGAUAUAUGGAAGGCAGGAUCUACCACCUACGAGCUGGCUUCUCUCAUUGUCCACUGCAACGGCAAUCAUUACGUAGCGUAUAUUAAGGGAAAUGUCCAACAAGAAGGUGCAGAUGCUAAAUAUGACGUACAAUCAGGCGUUAGUCAGGAUAUCCAAAGCGCCGGCCCGCCUCCAACUGGAGUCUCCACGUUGCCAUCGGUGUCUUCUAAUGAUCCUUUUUCGAACAAGCCAAGCUUCGGCUCUCACGUUGGGCCUUCUGCAACACCAGACAAUGAGCUGAGAUCCAUGGGCAUACCUGAUGUAAGUACAUCUGUAAAAACGUCUCCACCAAAUACAUGGUACUGCUUCAACGAUGACAAGGUGACUCGCGUAACCAAUCCGCCUAUUAGCAAUGCCUCUAUCUUAUAUUUUAUCAAGUCCAGGAGCCCUUUGGUUGAGGCGCUGAAGGGGUACAUCUGGACAGAGCUAUGCUCGUAUCUAAAAGGGUCUGGCUCCAGCGCCCCAGAGUGGAUGACCAGGAUAAUGACCGAAAGGGCCGACUGCAUCGGGAUUCUAGAGAUCCUACUGGGCUCGCAUGCCUUGUUAAGUACGGCACUAUCCACCGCGUACUUAGACUAUGACUUAUCUGCCGACUUCAUUUAUAGCUUCCAUAACCUUCACUGGCCGUCUCUCAGAGGCUGCUCGGGACACAUACCUACAGGCAUUGAUCAUUCGGGUCCGUGGAGCGUGUCUACCGUGCUGUCGUACACGCUCCAACCUGCACAGCUUGCCAAGCGCUACCCUAUACCUGGGUGCUUUUAUUACUCCAUAUCUGCCAUUUUUGAUGGUAGCCUAACUGACUACUUGGAGCGAGAUAACUACGACAGCUACUCUCUGAAGGUCAAGCCAAACAAGAAAAUGGAGGAGGCACUUGCCAGAGAAAAAGCUCUGUACAAUGACAUCAUGGCCACAGUAUCUGCCGGGUCCUUGUCAGGGGGCGAAUACCUGCUUUCUAGCGACUGGAUGGGAGACUGGGGUGAGUACUUGUUUAGUGGAAAGAAAAAGCCAUUAGCUCUCGACAAUACUCCUUUAUUAGCGCCAGAGUCUGACGCACUGACACCGACCCUCAAGCCGGACCUUCUCAAGGAUCUGGACUACAUUCUCCUCACUAGCCAGCACUGGCACGACCUCUGCAGGUGUUACCCCAGCAAGGUGGGCCAUGAGCUUCCACGGAAUCUUCUUCCUUGA